UAUCGGUGUAACACCUGCCCAGCCGGUGCAGCUCAAUUAGCAUCGUAAUGAUUGACAACAUUAAAUGGGGAUGUUGAGGAUAACAGGCACCGAGCAAUGGAAAAUAACGAGCGCCAUUUAAAAGGAGCAAGUCAAGCGGAGUGGUUUUUAACAAAAGCCAAAGUUGCCCUGGCUGUGGCUAUAAUGAAGAAUAAACCCUCGGGUACGAGUGGCAGAGAAUACCUUGAGGCUUUGGUCUGCAAGUUGAAGAGCCAGGAUGAAAGCUGGAAGGAAAAAGCCCAGGGGCUGCAGCAGGAGGUGCUGAGGCUGCGGCAGGAAUUACUGAUCACCAGGAUGACAUCAAACACAAAGAGCACCACGGAGGCAGCAGGCCAUGAUGCCACGAUGGACGACACUUCGCAGGAUCUGUUCGGUCCAGGAAGUGCGAUGUGCAGCAUAGACCUUCAGUCAGACUCAGAGACUCCUGAGCUCCUGCACCAGGACCCCCAACCUGCCAUCACAUCCCCUCAGCCAUCAGUGACCUCCGGUUGCUACAGAAGUCUUCGUGGGAAAGCUAUGCCUCGUCAUGUACAGUUACUCCAGUCGCUGUGCACCCUACACCGAGUAAAAGGGAACAACAGAGGCCUGGAGUCACUGUGGUUCAGCCCUGAUGGAAGUGCAGAGUCCCUGUUGGUGGACUCUGUGUGCCAACUCCUGGACUCAGUGGUGGCAGCAUGCAGAGAUCCCUCUCCUCUAGAACCCAGUGACGUGGUCCUUCAGGCCUGCCAGGUGGCAGCCCAGGCGAUGGAUCUCUUCUGCUCUCAGAGGCUGCCGUCUGUGGAGUUCAUGGGACGUGUGGAGGAGUGUCUGAGAGAGCUCACCGGGCUGCUGCUGCACAGUAAUCAGCUCAGCAGGCUCCAGGCUUCAGAGAAGCUGAUGGAGUACCUGAUCACGCUGGGGAGCAGCAGCAUGUCAAAGUCCUUUCUCAUUCGUCACAUCCUCUCUCAAAUCAGCACCCUGGCUGAUCAGCUCUGGCAGGCCUUCCAGGGGCAGGAGAGCUCAGGGCUCGACCAGUUUCCCGUGGACCAGCAUCAGAACUCGUGUUACCUGUUCUGGAUCCUGGAGGAGCUUCUGCAGAAGUCAGAGGUACCGUGCAGGGUGGAGGUGGGGUCGGAGCAGACGGACCUCCUCAGUCACUUGGAGCAGCGCGUCUUUCUACUGUCAGAUGAGUUCCCCUUGUUUUGCUUUGGCAUGUGGAGGAUAGGACGUUUCCUCACCUCCUUGCACAGGGAAGAGCAGGGGCCAUCAGGCACAUUCAGGGGUUUGCUUUCCACUUCCUCAUAUGACCAAAAUAGUUUGAAACGUCAGGGUUUGGUCCAGGAUCAUUCUGUACAACACUAGUUAAGAUAGCGAGCACUUAAACCUAGUGGACAGUGACUGCUAUUCUUUGAUACUCAUACUUAUUAUCCACCUGUAUUUCACAUAAAGCCCAGAAAGUUCAGGUUGGGGAAAAGUAACGCAUACUAAAAUUGAUCAUUUGAAAGUAUUCUAUCAAAAGGUGGACAUCAAGGCUUCUCUUAUUGUUUACUCUCAAAAAAUUAUUGUUGACGUAGAAGUAGUUGGCAAAUACCAACACAUUUGGAUUUCAAUCUUUUUACAUGCUUAGUUUAGUUUAGUUUGCAAUAGCUGCCAAAAAAUGUGGGACAUGUUUGUAUUUUGGGCUCAUUCUGUUGUAAUUUGUUCAUUCUGCUAACUGGUGUGAAAUUCAUAACUGCAUGACUGAGUGGGAAAAAAUAUUUUCUAAUAGUUGUUUACUUAUCUAUCCCGUCAUUAAAUGUAUCUGUAAUUGAGUAAAAAACAAAACCUUUUUUUAAAAGUUUUAUCCUGUCAGCGUUGUAGCGACUUGUUUGACUUGGAAGUGCUUUUUUAAAUUGAGUAAUAAAACUGAAACCAUCAGUGCAAGGCACAAAAUUACUAUUGAUUAUUUUAAGUACUAAUAAUGUACUAAUAUGAAUCCCAAUAUGUAAUGCAUCAGUGAAGAGUGCUUAAAAAGUCCUGUUUAAUUUAUGUGAGGCUCUCUACAUUAUCCUUCGCCAUGAUUGUUAGAGACUCUGGUGUUGAAUCAGUGGGAGAUAUCUGUUUUUGUACUUCCUGCAGGGGU